AUGAGUUUAAGAAGUGAUAGAUUGAGUGCUAAGGCAAGCAAUUACAGUUCAAAUAGAAGAACCGUCAAUUCUUCGCAACAAAAAGUAGAUUAAUUAGUAGAGCAGCCCAUGCAGAACAUUUAGGAGAUAUGCCUAUACUGUGAUGGUGCCUGGGAUGAGCAAAAUGAUCACGCAAAAUGCUUGCAAGACAAAUUGGCAUUUGAGGCUCAGAUCAAGGAAAUAAAAGAAGUCAUGAGUAAAAUCUCAAAAGAAAUUAACUCCUAAGCAAAGCUGAUAGAAAAUUCCCAAGUGAGAUUCAUUUAAACAGUUGCAUCUGGUAUUUUAUCAAUAUAAAAUGACUACCAGAAACUAAACAAGCAGUAUGACGAUCUCGAUUACCAUAUCAAUCAGUAGAAUCAUAAAUCUAGAGAACUUCAAGAUUUACUUGCUAGAACUAAAGACCUUGAGUAAAAGUAUCUAGAUUUUGUCGAUAAGAACAAGAUGCUCAGUGAAAAAGAUUAAAAUGCCUAUUCUAUGAACAUUAAAGAUAAUCUGAUAUGCUUUAUGAGCAAGAAACCUGAUGUUGAGCAUAUUCCGAUUGAAAAACUGGAAGAAAGAAUUAUGGAAUUGAAAUAAACUAAUUUUAUUCAAAGAGUAGCUAUAGGUUUACUUGGCCUUUUUCUUAUAUUAUCAUAUUUCAGGAGCCCAGUUUUAACCAAUAAUGCAGACUUUGCUAAAGUUAUUAAUGACUAGAAAUGUAAAAGUAAUGAAGAAGGAGCUGCUGAGUAUUUUCGAUAAAUUACAGGAUGGUAGAACUAUACUACAGCUGACAUAUAAAAUGCUCUUCCUCAAAACAUUACCGAUGAUUUUAUGAUAAUUGGAGAAUACAAAGACGAAGAAAUAAGGUCAAUGGAUGAGAGCAAAUUUGUUGUUCCGCUUAAUUUAACUCUUCUGAUAAAAAGAGAUGAGCAGAGAAGAGCUGUAUAAUUAACUUUUAUCGCUUAGACACAAGAAAAAAAUGGUUAAUAAUACUUGAUUAACCUUGAUAAAAAGAAUUUUAUAACCAGAGAAGAAUAAGCAGGGUAAUAUCAUAAUGAAUAUAGAGUUCAAUUUCGAUAAAAAGCUCUCAAUUCCCUCUGUGAAAAGGCACAUGAAAAAAAUAAUGAACUGAAUAAAACAGUUAUUGAAUUGAAUUAAUAAAUAGAGGAUUAUAAUUUAAAGAUAAAUCAAGCUCAAGCAAGUCUAGUAGAAUGUAAUAAUGAAGCAAUAUAAUAGCAAUAAUCUUAAAGGGAAUAAUACGAGACAGUUAUUGGUAGUUUGCAGUAAUAAUUACAGGGUUCAAGAUGCGAACAAUAAAUUAUAUACAUUGAUAGAUGUCCCUAAGUAUAAGUAGCUCUUAAUAAAUCUCAAGAUAAUACUAUUGAAACCUAAAAUAUGGAUUUGGUUUAAAUCCCUACUCAACAAUAUUCUCCAAUCAAAAUUGUUAAGACAUAAGUCCAGAAAUCUAUUUUUCAUGAAAUUCAUGAGUAUCUACUUUGGGCUCUCUUUGGUCUUUCGAUUAUGGUAAAUUUUAUCAGUCUACAAUUUUUAUAUAGAUUCUUUUGA